AUGUCCAGUAAUAUAGACCACAUCAGCAUAUCCGCUCCAAAGGAGCAGUUCGAAGCCGUCGUCGGCUGGUACAAAGCCGCCCUUGCUCCGCUCAAGUACCGCGAGCUAGAGCGCCUACCGAAGGCCGUCGGGCUGGGCGCGGAAGUCCCCGAUCUGUGGGUGGUACAGGAGGACCAUCCGGUGCAUCAGGGGUUGCAUUUUGCCUUGAUGGCGCCAGACCAUGCGACGGUGGAUGCGUUCUAUCAGGCUGCCGUUGCGGCUGGGGGAGUCGACAAUGGAAAACCCGGGGUCCAUCCUGAGUACGAUGGAGAGUAUUACUAUGGGUCGUUUGUCCUGGACCCGUUAGGUAAUAACGUCGAAGUGGUUGAUCAUUGUUCGCAUGAGGUGGAGUACCGGUAG